UCCGAAAGGACGCAUGUUAUAUUUUUCAAAAAAUAUUUUUCAUUAGCUUGAUAAUAUUAAGACUAAUUUUACGGCUGACAAAUGAUUACGAAUGUAACAAAUGUAUUUAAACUUGUAAUAGUCUAGAAUUGUUAUUGAUAGAAGGAGCAAAUCCUUGGACAUCGGUUAAUUUAUCUUAAUCGCGAUAAGUGCUCAAUUAGCUAUGUCUACGUGCCAAAGCCUUCAAAGUGGCUAGUGAAAGUUUUCUGGUGAACCUUCUAUGAUCUCAAAGAAAAUGUGUAAAUAUAGAGACAUAGAGUAGAGAGUGAAGUGCAGUGUUCAUGGAAAACGUAAACUAUCAGCCGAGUGGCGAGGAGAUAGAGCGGGCGUUAAUGGACCUCGGCCCGCUGCUUGGUGUUUCCAUCAAGGAAGAGGUACAGGAUGAACUGCCUGAUGCUACUGCGGGACCGCCGUCCACCCUUAGCGUAAGUUUACCCGCCGGGGCGGCCGGGGCGGGCGGGGCGGGCGGGGCGGGCGCCGCAGCCGCGGCCAGCUCGGAGCCGGAGGCCGGCGCCGACUCGCUGGCGUCUCCCAGCGCGGCGCGGCCCCCGCUGUCGGCCGCGCGCUGCGUGCUGUGCCAGACCGCACUGGCGCUCACCGAGGGCACUCCCAAGCUCAUGGAAUGCCUCCACUCUGCCUGUGAACCCUGCAUAGCUGCUAAGAUAGAAGAGAGAACAGCUAGCUCUCGUGACUUUUUAGGCGCUGAAAGGAUCACAAUAACAUGUCCAUCAUGUCGGCUGCAGUGUCAACCAGCCAAUAUGAUCGACCAGAGAUUUGUAUUAGAGAAAAUGGCAUUGGAACAAACGGGCAACAAUGGCGCGACGAGCGGCGAGCAGCAGUGCAACAGCUGCGAGGACACGGAGCCGGCCACCAGCUACUGCGUUGACUGCGCAGAGUACAUCUGCGACAACUGCGUGCACGCACACCAGAGGUUAAAGAUCACUAAAGACCACACGAUCAAGUCUAAGGACGAGGCCGCCGCGGAGCUGGGAGCUGCACAACCGCCGCGGUCCGCACACGAUAUGUACUGCCGCGACCACGUGCAGGAGCGGCUGUCGCUGUUCUGCGAGACGUGUGACCGUCUGACGUGCCGGGACUGCCAGCUGCAGCACCACCGCGACCACAAGUACCAGUUCAGCACGGAGAUGGCCGCCCAGGCUCGCGCGAGCAUCGCCAGCCUGCUGUCGGAGGUGAACUACAAGCGCGUGCUGCUGGGCUCCGCCAUGAAGGUGAUCCGCGACCGGCAGCAGCUCAUCGCCGACAAGAAGAAGGCGCUCGUGCACGAGAUCACGCAGACCGUCGUCAAGCUGACGAACGCGAUCAACACGCGCGGCAAGCAGCUGGUGCUGCGGCUGAACGAAGUGUGCGACGGCAAGCAGCGCACCCUCACCGAGAAGAAGGAGGCGCUGGAGCAGCUGGCCGGCGUCACCGAGCACUGCGUGGAGUUCGUGGGCGCCGCCCUGGAGCAGGGCUCCGACACCGCCCUGCUGUACGCCAAGCGCCUCGUGGCCGCACACCUGCAGCGAGUCAAGUCGCGCCGCGCAGACAUACCCAACCCUGAGAUACCCGUGCGCAUCAGCCUCGCGCUCGACAAGCUGCCCGACCUGGUGCGAGUGCUGUCGAGUAUCGGCGCCAUCGUGGUGGACGGCAAGGUGGACGGCGCGGGGGGCGCGGGGGCGGCGGCGCAGGGGCCCUACCACCCGCCCCCCGCGCCGCCCGCCGCGCCCCCCGCGCCCCCCGCACCGCCCGGGGGCUCCGUGCCCGGCCCCGCGCCCCCGCACUCCGCAGUAGUCGCCCUACAGCACGUCGCCAUGCACCAGUCGUACGUGCAGUCGGUGUCGGGCGCGGGCGGGGGCGGCGCGGGAGGCGGGUACCUGUCGCCGCUGCAGCCGCUGCAAUCGCUGCAGUCGCUGCAGCCGCUGCAACCGCUGCAGCCGCUGCAGCCGCUGCAGCAGCAGAUGCGGCACGCGCGCGCGCACACGCCGCUGCGCCAUCCGCACGUCACUUCCACCACGCACCCGCACCACCUCCACGGCGUGAACGACAUGAACCUGCGCGGGCUGCUGAGUGCGCAGGCGCAGGCGCAGGGCCGGCCGCGGGCCCUGCAGCACCCGGCCUCCUCCGCCGCCUCCGCAGCCUCCGCCUCCGCCGCCAUGCACCACGCCUACCAGCAGAUGAUGGGCGCGUACGCGGCGGGCCCGUACGGUGGCGGGGCGGCGGGCGUGGGCGGGGGCGGGGGCGGCGCGGAGCUGGCGCCGGUGCCGGGCGGCGGCGGCGGCGGGGUGGCCGACUUCAAGAUCACGCUGGCCCCCGCCCCCGCCCCCGCGCGCGCCCCGCACACGCCCACCACGCCCUCCAUAGUCACCUCCACCAACCCCAAGACGCCCAGCCCCAGUCUCAAUGGCGGCGCGUCGUCGGAGCUGGACAAGGUGUGCGCGGAGUCUGUGCAGGACCUGAUGGCCACCAUCGCCAAGCUGGACUCCAACGGCGUGCAGGUGGUGGCCGAGGGCGCGGCCAGCUCGCCCGCGCCCGUGCACUCCUCCACCGAGCAGCGCACGCGGCACCACCAUCACCAGCAGCUGCAGCACCAGCAGCACGCGCCCGCCGACCCCAACGAGGACUGGUGCGCCGUGUGCAUGGACGGCGGCGAGCUCAUGUGCUGCGACAAGUGCCCCAAGGUCUUCCACCAGUAUUGCCACAUACCCACCAUAGAGAAGUUGCCAGAUGAGACGGAGACGUGGCAGUGCCUGCUGUGCGUGAACUUCGCGGAGCUGCCGCCCGAGGAGCCCCCGGCCGAGGACGAGGGCCUCACGCCGCGCCAGCUCAAGAUCAUCGAGCGCAUCACGCUCGAGCUCUACUGCCAGUACGAGGCCAGCCUGCCCUUCAGGGAGCCCGUGCCCGGGGACAACCUCCACUACCACUCCAAGGUCCCGCGUCCGAUGUACCUGGACCUGGUGCGGCUGAAGUUGCAGCCGCGCGCGGCGCUGCGGUACACCCACGUGGCUCAGUUUGUGGCCGACUGCCGGCUACUCUUCAGGAACGCAUACCACUACAAUCCGCCGGAUUCGACUAUAUACAAGGACGCGAAGCGCCUGGAGGAGUUCUUCGACGCGCAGCUGCUCAAGUGGCUGCCCGAGUACGCCUACUGGAACGGGGAGGGCUCGCCCGCGGCCAAGAGAGCGCGGCUCGAGUGACGUCACCACCACGCCGCACGCUACCCGCCCGUGACGUCACACGCGGCAGACCUCUCACUCGCACAGUCGGUCGCCGCCCACCACGUGUACUACACGUAGAUAUACAUCAGUAUUGAUAUUGCAGUCAUUUCUUUUUUCAAGAAGGAUAAGUUAAGGUCUCUUAAGGGUCGGCAACGCGCACGUGACUCCCCUGGUGUUUCAGGCGUCCAUAGGCUACGGUAAACGUUUACCAUCAGAUGGGCCGUAUGCUCGUUUGCCACCUACGUGGAAUAAAAAAAAAUGUAACAGAGCUUGUGUAAUCACCAAGCAAAGUUGAGGUCUCUGUUGAUAUAUGACAUUUUAAAUAUAUUGAUUGAUGUAACUUGACUAUUGAAAAAAGAUGUUAGGAACGUCUUUAUCAGAGAAAUCAUGAUUUACACAGCGUUGUCAUACUACUGAUUCAACGAGCACGAUCUAUGGAUCUCAUAGAAAAGUCUAGAAUCCGGAUUAUGUCCCAGCAAUGAAUGGAUUGCCUGGACGGACUACUAGUGGUCUCGUGAGACCACAAUAUACCAGAUGUGUACACUGACCGUUCGUAUAUAAUUCUGUUGACGUUCAGUAAUGUAUAUUUUGAAUGAAUACGUCAUACAUUUCAUCACAAACACCACUUGGAGCAACUCUCAUACAUACACAUACACAUUCUCUUGGAGCAAUCUGUUCAACCAGUAGAGGCUGCCCUAGUUCAUUUAUAUUAAUAAACACUUUGUCUAACAACUUGCGUAAAAUAAAUUGAACGGUAAUAAUUAUCAUUAGUAUAAUAUAUAAAUAAUUAUUUUCAAAUAGUAUUUAGUAAUUUAAUUAAAAUAUUUAUAAAUAAAAAGAAGACUUAAUCUUUUUCUCAUUUACACCGGUGUGUAGAGAUAAUUUAAGAAGACAUUUUAUUUAAAAUGAUAUUUAGUUUAAGAUAAACUUAAAAUAUGUAAUGUAAUCGAUGUUACACUGUAGUAUGUAACGAAUAAAGUUCCUUUUUGUUGAACAAAAGACAAGAUUGUAGCGACGCUGUUGCUCGUCGUGCGUUAUAUGUUGUUGUUUCCGGUGCGCGUGUAGCGUGAUCAACGCGGUUAUUUGUUAGUUACUGGACCUACUCAUGUUUCCUGAAGGUCAUCACUGUAUUUUGAAUUGUUGGCACUUAGGGAUAAUUGUAUUUUAAACUUAUUAAAAAAUGUGAGCCAAUGGAGAAACCUGCACGCUCGGUUGUUUAUUAUUAUUCGUGGUACUAUACUCUCUUUGUGAUUUGUUUCAAAUAAUUCUCCUAUCUCACUUUGUUGUAUUAACCUGUAUUACUAAAAUUGGUGAUGAAAGUUAUUUGUUGAUAUGAUACGAUGCUAAAAGAUAGCACAUUAUCUUUUAGACGUUUAUUUUAAUUUCUCUGCAAUAAAUAACUUUCAUCACCAGUUUUAGAAAUACAUGUAUUUCCUGUAAUGUGUCAGGAUAAAAGUUGGAUAUUCAACAUCCUGUGAAUGUAUUCAGUUUUAUUUUAUGUUUCCUAUAUAAAUAUAUGUAAUACCGAGCGUCCAGCUUCUUUUUCAAUAUUGUCACUCGUUAAUGUAAGUACGUGUUAAGUGUUAAGGAUUUUAUAAGACUACAUUAAAUGUAUGUGAAGUGCGUAUGUAUAUGCGUGCUAGCGUUCUGCGCGCGUUACUCUGGCGCUAAGUUAUAUUUUUAUUUAGUACUAGCUGUACACGCAACUUCGUCCGCGUGGAAUUUACCUUUAUAGUUCUAAAAUAAAAGUAGCCUAAGUUACUCCUUAUUACAUCAGCUACGUACCGAUAAAAGUCCCGUCAAAAUCGGUCCAACCAUUUCAGAGAUUAGACGGAACAGACAGACAGACAGACAAAAAUUGUAAAAUAUAUUAUUUUGG